GAAAGAGAAAGGGAAAGAAGGAGCGAGAGAGAGAGAGGGAGCAAAGCUGUGGAACUGAGGGGAACGAAAGUGAGAAAGCAGAGCAGAAUUAAACUGCUGCAAAGAACAGAGCGGUGUGGUGUUGCUGUCUGAGAGGCAGCUCGGGACAGGACAGGUGAACGAGAAACAAGCUGGAGUAAAAGGACGAAGUGAAACAGAAAACAGCAGCAUAACCUCAAGAAAAGAAGGAGGAGACUGCAAAAAUUAAACGGGGUGGCUGUGAGACUUUAAUAAAGGACUCUGCAGAGUGGUUUGUACCCCCUUGGUCCUCCUCUGGUCUCUGGGACCCUGUUUCCUUCCCUCUCGAAUGCAGCCCCAGCACCCCGUGCCCCAGGCCGCCCCCUCCUCCCUGGGACGGGGUUUUCGGGACAUGGCCCUGGGAUUCGGACGCCAAAAGAACCUGCUGGGCAUGAACGCGGGCUACGGGCUCAUCCAGUCUGCCAAGGAGUGUCUCUACUUCCUGCUGUGCUGCUGGUGCAUCAAGGAGCUGAUAGACUGAGCCGGGCCGAGCCCACUCUGGCCAGCGCGGUUCUGGCCCGCUUCUGCAAAGUCCUGGCUCGCUUCAACCCGCUUCUGACCCGCUUUACCACAGCUGUGGCCCACUUCAGCGCAAGCUUUAGUCCCGUCCUGGCACGCUUCAGAACCGUCUUGGCACGCUUCAAAACUGUCCUGGUACGCUUUAGCCCAGUUCUGGCACGCUUCAUCCCAGUCCUUCUGCCCCUCUUGGGCUGGGGUCUGUACCCCUCGAACACGGCCUGCCUCCUCGCACGCUCGCUAGCGCUUCUGUUUGAGGCUGUUGUUUCCGAAGGGCUCGCAGAGUCUGCUGCUGGAUCCGAUUGAAAGAACCUGCCUCUGCAGUACAAUACGGGCUGAUCAACAGAUCGGAACCGUCCGCGUAUGCCUGAACAGCGUCGCAAUGGGGCUGCUGCUGUGAACCUCCUCUGAUGUGAGGGGUGAGGGGGUCCCCCAAUUCAGAGUAACCCCAAGAGUCUCCACCAUCACCAGCAACCUCUAACGGAUGACCCAAUACUUCCUGCGGGGCUUCUCCCCCUGCAUCCGGUCACUGUGCAUCAAACCCCUCUUGUCAAACUCUCUACCGGACCGGGACCCCUUUGACGUGGCCUGGGUGUGCCGUGCCUGUGACUGCCCUGUGACAAGCCGUCGCUGAUGCAGUAUAUUAUUAAUAAUAUUAUAUUGAAAUUAUAGAUACAACUUGAUGAAUUAUUUAAUAGUAUACGCAUAUUACAUAUAUAUAAUGCUAACAUAUUAUUCAUAUUAAUACAUCUUCGUGUAAUGGUGGGUAUUACAAAUGGUGAUUACAUGUUGGUUUAUGAAUAGCAAAGCGAAUGCAAUUUCUGAUUACGACAGAAUAUGCGAUCGAUUCAGUUCACCAGCGAUUUCCGUGAAGCGUUUUUGAAAGAAGUACAUUGGAAUGGAGUGCUGGGCUGGCGUGGCGAUACCGCACCCUAGCGUUCAGGCUUGGAUCUACACGCAGAGGGUUCAAAAGGUCGGCUGAUUGGAGGUGGGAGUGAAACGCGGCGCACGAAUCACCUUUUCCAAUCUACGCGUGGUAUUUCCUGAUGGUGCCUUUUGUAAUUUGUGUAAAUUAUUAUUAUUUUUUUAUUAACAAAAAUAAUAAAGUAAAUUAGUAGCCUUGCGAAUUGGAAGUGUUCUUGUUGUGUCGUGAGUGGGUGGAAUGAAUGUAGUAAUAAUAAUAAUAAUAAUCUUUAUUUUUAUAUAGCUUCUUUCAUAGCGGACCACCAUCACAAAGCGCUUUACAGAGGCAGGUUGUGAACUGUGCAUUAUACGCAGUCACUUCCAAUAGGACAGUGAUUUAACAUCUCACCCGCAGGAUGGAGCACAAGGAGGUGAAGUGACUUGCUCAGGGUCACACACGGGGAGUCAGUCAGUGGCAGAUGUAGGAUUUGAACCAGUGACCUUGUGGUUGUAAGCCGUGGACUUUAACCACUGGACCACACUGCCUCAUUAUAAUGUAAUACAUAGGAUACAUAAUAUAUAGGGGCAGCAGUGUGGAGUAAUGGUUAGGGCUCUGGACUCUUGACCGGAGGGUCGUGGGUUCAAUCCCAGGUGGAGGACACUGCUGCUGUGCCCUUGAGCAAGGUACUUUACCUAGAUUGCUCCAGUAAAAACCCAACUGUAUAAAUGGGUAAUUGUAUGUAAAAAUAAUGUGAUAUCUGUAAAAUGUGAAAUAAUGUAUAAUGUGAUAUGUUGUAACAAUUGUAAGUCGCCCUGGAUAAGGGCGUCUGCUAAGAAAUUAAUAAUAAUAAUAAUAAUAAUAAUAAUAAUAAUAAUAGCAAAGCGAAUGCAAUUUCUGAUUACGAAAGAAUAUGCGAUCGAUUCAGUUCACCAGCGAUUUCCGUGAAGCGUUUUUGAAAGAAGUACAUUGGAAUGGAGUGCUGGGCUGGCGUGGCGAUACCGCACCCUAGCGUUCAGGCUCGGAUCUACACGCAGAGGGUUCAAAAGGUCGGCUGAUUGGAGGUGGGAGCGAAACGCGGCGCACGAAUCGCCUUUUCCAAUCUACGCGUGGUAUUUCCUGAUGGUGCCUUUUGUAAUUUUUGUAAAUUAUUAUUAUUUUUUUAUUAACAAAAAUAAUAAAGUAAAUUAGUCUCCUUGCGAA